AAAACUGCAUACCUUUUUCUUACAUAUCUUUCUCUCCUAACACUGUGUAUGUGUCCUUCGAGAGCAGCCACAUGUGAAGCAGAGGGUUUGAUAAGAUGGAAAUCCAGCCUAUCAUCUUCUGCUUCUCUCGAGUCUUGGUCCCUCAACAACAUCACCAACCACUGCAGAUGGAUUGGCAUUCGCUGCAAUGACGAGGGAUAUGUCUCUGGGAUUGAUCUCCCCGAUGCAGAACUUGCAGGGACAUUGGACCUGUUCCAUUUCACUGCAUUGCUGAAUCUCACCACUUUCAACCUCAGUGGGAAUUAUCUCAAUGGCGCCAUACCAGCUGCUCUUGGCAACCUCACCAGCCUCACUCUCUUGGACCUAUCCUACAAUCUGUUUUCCAGCGCCAUUCAACCAGAGAUCGGCCGCUUGACAGAGCUUCGAUACCUGAGCUUCUCCGAUAACUCUAUGGUUGGAGAAAUCCCAUAUCAGAUUGGCAAUCUGAGGAAGGUGCGCUUCUUGGAUUUGGGCUCCAAUCUCUUUGAAACUCCUGACUGGUCUCGAUUUCCCACUUUCCCUUUCCUAACUCACCUGAAUCUUCAGUACAAUAAACUCACCUCGGAAUUCCCACACUUCAUAACCACAUGUCUCAACCUUACUUUUCUUGAUUUGUCUGGAAACGCCUUCACAGGACAGAUUCCUGAAUCAUUGUUCACCAAUUUGCUCAAACUUGAAUAUCUUAACCUCAACACCAAUGGUUUUCAAGGCCCCCUGUCAACAAAUAUCACUAACCUCUCCAAGUUGAAGGAUCUUUGCCUUGGCGACAACUUCUUCUUUGGCAACAUUCUUGAUUCAAUAAGCCUUAUUCCAAGCCUGCAAGAUCUAGAGCUGUACAAUAAUUCGUUAAUAGGAGAAAUCCCUCCUUCUAUAGGCCUACUCACAAAUCUCCGAACUCUAGACCUUGGGUGGAACAGAUUCAAUUCCUCCAUUCCCCGAGAGCUCAGCCUGUGUAACAAGCUGACCUACUUAGAUUUAUCCCAGAAUUCACUCUCGGGGCCAUUGCCGUCAUCCUUAUCAAAUCUGAGCAAUUUAUCUUUGUUGGAUCUAUCUGACAAUAGCUUGACUGGUGAAAUAUUGACCUCUUUCAUCGCGAGUUGGAGACAACUAAUCUUAAUACAAAUUGAAGACAAUGAAUUCAGUGGGGAACUUCCAUCAGAAAUAGGCUUGCUCACAAACCUUAAGUAUCUGUUUCUUUAUAAUAACUCGUUUUCAGGCAGCAUCCCACCGGAGAUAGGAAACCUACAAAAUUUGUCGACGAUGUACCUUUUCACCAAUAAGUUUUCAGGCAGCAUCCCACCAGAGAUAGGAAACCUACAGAAUUUGUGGAGGCUGGACCUUUCAACCAAUAACUUUUCAGGUCCAAUACCAUCUACCAUUGGAAAUCUUACAAAUCUGUGGGUCUUAGAUCUCUCUUCCAACAAAUUAAAUGGUGAACUCCCAUCCUCCAUCUGCAAGUUGUCACAGCUUUUUUAUCUUCUGCUCUCAAAUAAUACUUUGGAAGGAAGAUUGCCGCAUUGUUUCGGAAACUUCAGCAGAUCAUUGACCAUCUUUCACCUAAACCAAAAUCAAUUUAGUGGCCUCAUACCAUCUACCUUUUCAAAGGAUUGUCGUCUUUUGUCCAUCAAUUUGGGUAAUAACAAAUUCAACGGACGAUUACCUAGAUCCUUAAUCAAUUGCCAAAGUCUAGAAGGCCUCGACAUUGGGAAUAAUAGAAUACAAGAUGAAUUUCCCUUUUGGAUGGAACGCCUAGAUAAGCUUCGGGUGCUAGUGUUGAGGUCCAACAAGUUUGGUGGUAACAUGUCGCUUCCUUUACGGACCAAGUUUUCAUUUCCAAGGUUGCAAGUUUUUGAUGUAUCCCAUAAUGAAUUUGUGGGCUCUCUACCUCAAAGAUAUUUCAACAAUUUCAGAGCAAUGAUUGAGCCAGUAGACACCGAUGCUGAUGAGUUUCUAAGUUACAUGGAGAUGAGGCUCAACUUGAAAGGUCAGGAUCAGUUAAUUAAGAGACUACUGGAAACCUUCACAACAAUUGAUCUGUCCUCCAAUAGAUUCUCUGGGGGUAUUCCACCUUCCAUAGGAAAUCUUAAGAUUCUCAAAUACUUGAACUUGUCCCACAAUACCCUCACUGGAUAUAUUCCUUCAUCUCUUGGAAUCAUGAGUGAACUCGAAUCGUUGGACUUGUCAACGAACAAAUUGGAUGGAGAAAUUCCAAGUGAAUUGACAAGGUUGACAUUUCUUGCGAAAUUAAACCUUUCAAUGAACAAUCUUAUUGGGCAAAUACCGCAAUCCAAUCAGUUCUCCACAUUUGAGAAUGAUACAUACAUGGGAAACUUAGGAUUGUGUGGACUUCCGUUGACGAGAAAAUGCAAAGACGGUGAUGGGAAAUCGAUGCAACCGCAAGAAGAAGAAGAAGAAGAAGAAGAAGAAGAAGAAGAAGAAGAAGAAGAAGAAGAAGAAGAAGAAGAAGAAGAAGAAGAAGGUGAUGAAUAUGAAUUCAUUGAUGGAUUUGGUUGGCGAUGUGUUGUAAUGGGAUAUGGAAGUGGAUUCGUAGUUGGAAUUGGAAUUGGAUACAUGAUUAUAAGAAGUGGAAGGCCAAUAUGGUUAGUAGAAUUCUUUUUUGGAGUUGGAUAUAUAUAUAAGACGAAGAAGAGACGCAAAAGAGCUGCACCAACACGCAGGGGAACUUGAUUCAAAGCCAAAGAGACAAUUGUGUGCUUUUCGUGUGUUAAAUUUGGAACUAUUGAUUGUGUUUUAGUUGUGUUUCCUAUUUCCUUUUACCUUUUCAAUUGCUAUUUUUGUUGUGUGUUUUCUUAUUCUUUUUACCUUUUUCAGUUGCUACUACUGUGGUUGUGUUUAAUAUCUUUAAUACUCCCUGGGAAGUAUAUUAUGCUAUAAUGUUCUUUA